CUGGGGUGUGGGCGCCAGGUGCGCUUCCCGGGAGGAUGAAGCAGGCCUUGGUGGACGAUACUGAGGAUGUGUCCCUGGACUUUGGUAAUGAAGAGGAGCUGGCCUUUAGGAAAGCCAAGAUCAGACAUCCCCUGGCCACCUUUUUCCACCUGUUUUUCCGAGUGAGCGCCAUUGUCACCUAUGUGUGCUGUGACUGGUUCAGCAGGAGCUUUGUGGGCUGCUUUGUCACUGUGCUUCUCCUGCUGUCCUUCGACUUCUGGUCUGUGAAGAAUGUAACCGGAAGACUCAUGGUGGGCCUUCGAUGGUGGAACCAGAUAGACGAAGAUGGGAAAAGCCACUGGAUUUUUGAAGCCAGAAAGGUCUCUCCAAAUCACAUGGCAGCCACAGAAGCUGAAGCGCGCAUCUUCUGGCUUGGCCUCAUUAUCUGCCCGAUGAUUUGGAUUGUGUUCUUUUUCAGUACCUUGUUUUCCUUGAAGCUAAAGUGGCUGGCCCUCGUGAUCGCUGGGAUUUCUCUCCAAGCCGCGAACCUAUAUGGCUACAUCCUUUGUAAGAUGGGAGGCGAGAGUGACAUCAGCAGAGUCACCGCCAGUUUUCUGUCCCAGACGGUGUUCCAGACGGCUUACUUAUCGUCAGAAGUGGACAUGGCUUAGACGGGAGAUUCUGCAACCAAACAGGCUUCCAGAGAGCAGAAUCCCAUGGUCCUACCACCUGCUCAUUCUUACAUGAAGUAGGCUCGGAGGAGAGGUCUGAAGAGACGUUUUUAUUUUUAAAAUGGCACAUUUGUAAAGA